GCUGCUGUUGUCUCGCAAAGAUCGAGGACUGGUGAAAGGAUCAGGCCUACACUGGGAUCUGCUGUUGAUGGGCAUAUGCACUUUACUUUGCAGCAUUUUUGGGCUACCAUGGAUGUGCGCUGCUGCUGUCCAGUCACUUGCGCACUGCGGCUCUCUUAGUGUUCCUAAAAAAACGGCACCCGGUGAACGCCCAGAAGUGGAUUACGUAAUCGAGCAGCGAGUGACAACAAUUGGUGUAUCACUGCUCAUGGGAUUGUUCGCGUUCGGCGGCUCGUAUCUUCGGCUUCCUCUUGCGUCGUUAUUUGGUGUUUUCCUGUACUUGGGUGUUAUGAAUUUUUCUGGAGUGCAACUCGUUCAGCGAAUUAUACUAUUUUUCAUUCCGGAAAAAUACUUCCCGGACACUCCAUACACGGAAUCGGUA